UAACAAUAUUAAUACUAAUUAGACUGGCAGUAAAAAAAGAAAAAAGAGUGAGGGAGAGAUUCUCACACGCACUCUCUCCUGCUCACUUCUCUUUGUCUAAUAUUCACCGGAAAUCCAAGAAUCCGACUUUAAUUUCGCCGGAAAAUCAAGAAUCUAACUUUAAUCUCGCCGGCAAACUCCCAUUUCAAGUUUCCGAUAAACCCAUUUCACCACCAAGUAAAACCAAGAUUCCGAUCAGAUAUGUCGCCGGAAAUACACAUUCAGAAACCACACUCAUUCAUUAUUCCCCUUUGAUAGUUUUACUCAUCAUAUAUUAUUGGAUGCAGUGAAGUGGAUUUUGUUUACUGAAGAAGAAAAUGUCUGUGUAUGAUGCGGCGUUUGUGAACAGUGAGUUAUCAAAGAACACUUCGAUUUUUGGAUUGAAAUUGUGGGUGGUUAUUGGGAUAUUUGCCGGAGCUGUAUUUGUUCUCAUACUCUUUCUUCUAUCACUGUGUAUCACCGCCUCUCGCCGCCGCACUACCACCCAGAAUGGCAAACUCCACCGCCCUAUCAAGUCUGAGCUCAGCCCAGUUGUAUCGAAGGAAAUCCAAGAGAUUGUUCACCAUGACCCCGCCCCAGAUCACCGCCCCAUUGUCCCUCAGGCAGUGCCAGAAAUACAGAUCGACAUGGGGAAGGUGGAGCACAGAGUGGUGUUUUCAGACAAGAUUCCUGGGGCAUCAAGUGGUGAGAGUAGGGCGACUAGUGGAGCUGAAACGGGGUCAUUAGGGAAUAGUGGGCAAUUGCCAGAAGUGUCGCAUUUAGGGUGGGGUAGGUGGUAUACGCUGAGAGAGCUCGAGGCUGCCACUAAUUAUUUGUCGGAUGAGAAUGUGAUAGGAGAAGGUGGGUAUGGGAUUGUGUAUCAAGGUGUCUUGACUGAUGGCACCAGAGUAGCUGUUAAAAAUCUCUUGAAUAACAGGGGUCAAGCAGAGAAGGAGUUUAAAGUGGAGGUGGAAGCUAUUGGGCGUGUAAGACACAAGAAUCUUGUGAGGCUGCUUGGCUACUGUGUUGAAGGAGCUUACAGGAUGCUUGUCUAUGAGUAUGUAGAUAAUGGAACUUUGGAGCAAUGGCUUCACGGAGAUGUUGGGGAUGUUAGUCCUUUGACAUGGGAUAUCAGAAUGACUAUAAUAGUGGGAACAGCAAAAGCUUUAGCCUAUCUUCAUGAGGGUCUGGAACCUAAAGUUGUUCAUCGAGAUGUAAAAUCCAGCAACGUUCUCCUCGAUCGCCAGUGGCAUCCAAAGCUGUCAGAUUUUGGACUUGCUAAACUCCUCAAUGCAGAGAGGAGUUAUGUGACAACUCGUGUAAUGGGAACAUUUGGUUAUGUUGCACCAGAAUAUGCUUGUACCGGCAUGCUUAAUGAGAAGAGUGACAUUUAUAGCUUUGGAAUACUUAUCAUGGAGAUAAUUACUGGGAGGACUCCUGUUGAUUAUAGUAGACCACAAGGCGAGAUUAAUUUGGUGGAGUGGUUAAAAAUGAUGGUUGGAAAUCGAAAAUCCGAGGAAGUGGUUGAUCCUAAGUUGCCUGAAAUGCCUUCUUCAAAAGCACUCAAGCGUGCUCUUUUGGUUGCUCUUCGGUGUGUUGAUCCUGAUGCUCAAAAGAGGCCUAAAAUGGGACACAUUAUCCACAUGCUAGAGGCCGAUGAACAGCUGGUUCGCGAUGAACGUCGUAUUGGGAGAGAAAGAGAAUCGUCUAAUUCUCACCGUGACUACAAGCAAGACAACCAAGCUGGUCCCAAGUUACCCAGAAAACAAUAUGGUGAUGGAGCAUCAGAAACUAGUGAAGGAGACAGUAGUAGAAACCAUAAUAUGCCGGCUAGUUGGAGAUAAAAUUAAAAAAAUAAAAUAUAUGAUAAAAAAUAUUUAUAUAUUUUAAAUGCUUAUGCAAUUCUUUCUGUUCUUUAUGUAAUUCUUUUUCACUAACCUGCUUAAUGAUUUCUAUACUAUUCUUUUCCUCCCUUGCAAUUUUCUUGUUUAGGUAAUUUAUCCUAUAUUGUUCACAUACUCAAGUUCACUUGUAAUCUUCAUCAUAUUUUUUUAAUAAUUUUCAAUAGAAGUCACAUAUUUCAAUCUUCCA